UCUGCUCCACACUUUAACCUGUUUUGUCUCGUGAUCAGGUCUUACCUCUCCGUUCAUGAAGCAGUAGAGCACAGCGACCACAAAACCCUGAGAGAUGUGAGGAGAGAACGGUCGGUGGCGACCUCCAGGCUGACGCCAACACAGAAAUGCCAAAAACUGCAGUUCGUCUAAUGGCCAUUUGACGCUGGCUCCUUAUGAAAGUUAUCUGUAACGAUUGGUGGACAAAAAAGGAGUCAGAUAUUUAAGGAUUUCCGCCUUCUGUCAUUUCUCUCAUGAGGAGCCAGAGCUGACCUUUUUGCCAGGAUGGAGGUGGCCCUCUUUGCCCCGCAGACACUGUCAGAGCCCCUCAGGAGGGGGACCCCUCUGCCUCUGAGCCAGCUGGUGGAGGAGAGCAGGAGCAGAGCCAACAUUCCUAAUCAUCUACUAGAAUCAAAAAUCUAUGCCAAACUGAAAAGCAACACUCUGAUCCAAGCAGAGCCCCCUGAGCUUCACUUCAGUGGGUUUGAGCUGGGGAAGGAUUACACAAAGAUCCUGAAACUCAUCAACAUCUCAUCUGAAGUCAUGAAUAUUCAUAUCAUUCCCACCCAAACCCAACACUUCCAAACAACUUAUGUCAAAAAGUAUCGACUCAUCCCCGGGCUCGCCUUCACGCUCAAGGUCAGGUUCUGUCCUGAUGAGUGGCGUUAUUUCUACGACUGCGUUCGGGUUCACUGCAAGGGGGAAGAGAACCUGUUAAUUCCAGUUCAUGCUUAUCCUGUCAUCGAUGACCUGCACAUCCCCUCUCAUAUCGACCUAUCAGCCGUACCACUUGGACAAAGUGUUUGCCGUGCUAUUCCUCUGAGAUGCAGCUGCCCCAUUGACUUUGAGUUUCAGGUGGAUGUCAUUCAGCCCCACGAGGCCUUCUCCAUCCAUCCACUUACAGGUGUGAUACCAGCCAGCGGUGAAAAGGAGAUCACUGUGACCUUUAGUCCUUACCAAUAUGAGACUUCUCAGGUCACCAUCCAGCUGAUCAUCUCCCAGUUCAACACCAAACCCUACCUGUGCACCAUCACUGGGAGCUGCGCCCCUCAUCUGGCCCUCAGCGAGCUGGGAAGAAAGUCAGGUCAUGGAGAUGCAGUGACUGCAGAGUAUAAAGGACCCUCACCUCCCACCCACGCACCGCCUCCAAGUAAAACCAAAUACAGACCAACCAAGGAGGCUGACAAAUCAAAGACUUUGGGAGAUAUUUCUAGUGUCCAGCCUGGACUGAAGCCUCUGAUAGAUGUCUUCACCCCUGCAGGCGUGGCAAAGAUGCUCAUCAAAGACACAGACAAACUCAGCUCUAAAGACCUGAAGAAAGCCCUAUGCUGUGGCAGCACGGCUGGUCAGCAAAACAGGCAGAUGAAGGAGGCCCUCUUCAUGAAAAAGGUCCAACAAAAUAUGACGGAGGAGCAAGCCAACCAUGUCACAUGGCUAGAACAUCUCGGUAAGGACCCAGUGUCGGAGCGCAGCAGGAGGCAGACAGCAGAGGAGAGAGAGAUCACACUGCAUGAGUACAUGGUCAAAAUGGGGGACGGAAGGCACAAGGAAGACUUUGCUGCUGGACUACCUAAACUUCCCUCCAGACGAGUGCUUUGUGAAGCAGGACAGGCCCAUGAGGGAGCCCCAUCCUUCCAGUUUUACACCAGUUUCCAGUGGGAGUUGAGACAAAGAGCCCUCACACUGUUCCAGCAGGCAGCACGCAAGGUACACGCAUCCAAGUGCUGUACAGGCACUGAGAUGGUGAUCCGAUGUCGCAUGAACCGCAGACUGACCUGUUUGAAGACACUGUUCGAAGACAGUAUGAAGAACUUGCCCCUGGCAAAGAGAGCUGAAGAGACGAGCUGUGAUCUGAAGAUUUUGCCAGACAAAGUCGUUCCGUUUGCUUUCCCCGUCUUCUCUGAUGAAGACGACCCACUGGCUCGCAGUAAUUUGGUCCCGGUGGCUGUGGAUCCCAUUGAUUUGACUGUGACAACACAUGUUCCUUUCUUCAAGCUGCAAGUUCCUCAGCACUAUAAGCUGAUGGGCUACCAGCCUGUGUCGGCCUGGGAGGCGUUUAACUCUUUUAUCCCCCCUGCUCUGGCCAGACCACUUCGCACUGGAGCUCCGGACGAGCUCGGAGCCCAGUCCAAAGCAUCGGAGGAGCGGCAGCAUGAAAACAAAGAGGAGGAUUUGGAGGCUCCCAGUCUCUCAUUCAGCGCCCCCGAAGCUCUGCUCACACCUUUUCCAGCAAACCCACUCAGAAUCUUUAACCCAGCUCCAGGCCUGCAGACGUACAAACCGACCCCUAAAUACCUGGAGAGCGACCUGGAGUUCCACCUCUGUCCUCUGCCCAGGUAUCCGAUCCCUGAGAGCAGAGGGACACACACCUCACACACCCAGAAGAAGUUCCUGAACCGCAAGGAAGUGAUCCCAGGGCUCAUGACGUGGAAGGAUUUUGAUUCGAUUACCUCGAAGCAUCUAUCCAGCCAACCAGCUCUCCCCAGUGACUGUGCAGUACGCAGGUCUGUGGACUACAGCACAGAUACACUUCCCCUCACAGCACCUCCUACUGCUCUCAGCGGCCCUCCUGAUGAUCUGCCACCACUAAUGGACAAACCGUGUGAAAGCUCAGGUGUCCAGCUAACACCGGAGAUUAUCAGAGCCGAGUUCUUGUCGGGGAAAGCUCUGGUCUCAAAAAGCAACCUCACCAGAGGAAUGACAGUCAGGCACCAGAGGGAGCUUCAGAUGGAGGCGACCUACAGCUCCCAGUUCAACCAGAUGGGAAAAAGAGUGACGACCAGGUUGAAGCAACUCGGAGUCACUGACAGAACUUCACCAGUAGAGUAGUGGGAACAGGGAAAACAUCCCCCACACACUUGCAGAAACACACAAAAACCUCCAAAUAGGCUCUGCACACACACACACACACACACACACACACACACACACACACACACACACACACACACACACACACACACACACGAAUAAACACAAUCGCAGGACUACAAACAACACCCAUCCCACUCACCUGUCCGACACUCUGCAUCGCCUGCUUUGCCACUUCUGUAAAAUAAAACCUGGUUACUUUUUCGCCCACGGUUAAGCCGCCUUCCCACCUACUCAAAAUUACCAGUAAGCUCUCCUCCUGUGCUCUCACAAAGCCUGGAAAUUCGUUAUCCCUCCACCCACACACACAUCCAUAUAUAAGCUACAUCACAUUACUGACAACAGCUUUCAGUUAAGAAUUCUGCAUCUCUGUACUGUAGUUUAAUGGUGUUGUAGAAGAUUUUUUACACUAUGUAUUAUUAUUAUUAAACUGUAUUCCACUGCAAACAUAUUUAAUCUUU